AUGCCCGAAGAAGAAAGACAUCCCACUGAAUGUUUCCGGGUUUACCCAAGCAGUGUCCAAUACCCGCAGCUCCAAGAUCCCGAGGCGUCUCCCCAACGCGAUGAUAAUGCCAAAGGCAAAGGGCAGCCAGCUUCCGACCCGGUGCCUACGCCAUGCUCUUCCUCAUCUAACAAGGCUGGCGACUUCGAGGUUCGACCUACCAUAUCCGCACAACUCCCGCCCUUCAUCUCUCCAUUGCCAGUGCGGAUACCCGCAGACGACGUCGCGUUCCUAUACUCAAAGGGGGCCUUUACUCUGCCGAGCGUCGAUUGCCAGAAUGCGCUUCUUCGGUCCUACUUUAACUUCACGUACCCACACAUGCCCUCUCUGGACAUGAACCAGUUCCUCGGGGCAAUGACCGCACGCGAUGCCAAGCCUGGCCAGGUCAGCUUGCUUCUCCUUCAAGCCAUCUUGUUUGCAGGAGCCGCACAUGUCUCGAUGGAUCACUUAAAGGCCGCUGGUUUUCACACUCGUAAACAUGCUCGCAGGAAGCUUUUCCAGCGAGCUCGCUUGCUAUACGACUUUGACUAUGAAUCCGAUCGGCUUGUUCUCGUACAGGCUCUAUUGCUCAUGUCGUUGUGGAACGAUGGCGCUGAUGACCACAGAGGUGUGAGAUAUUGGACGGAUCUCGCCAUCUCGCAGGCUUUCGCCCUAGGCCUCCAUCAAGACUCUUCCCAGUCCGUUUUUUCGCCUGUGACACGCAAGUUGUGCCGCAGGAUCUGGUGGGUGUGUUUUAUUAAAGAUCGCCUGACUUCCUUAGAGAUGAAGCAGAUGCCCAGGCUACGCGAUGGAGACUAUGAGGUUUCCAUGUUGGAAGAUGCCGACUUUGACAUCGGACCUGUACCAGCCUCCGCCAACAUACCGUUUGAGACAAUGUGCUCCUAUUUCUGGGACGAAAAGAGACGCAGAGACCUUGGAGCGCUGUUUACUGCAAAAGUAACUAUAUGCCAGUGCUGGGGCGCUUACUUGACCAUUCAUGUCUCCCUUCACGCAGAGCAGAGAGGCAACUCGACUCUUGGUGGUUUCAAAGCCCUGGAGACGGCCACUAAAGCCCCAAGCAAGCAUUCCUUUACCUUUCUGAGGCGCGAGUUGGAAAUGUGGCACAAAUCGCUGCCCGAAUGCUGCCAUCUUCGAUGGAUACGGGGUAACGAUUUGUCAACCGAUGCCGCCAUCACCAUAAGCCGCACAGCUUUGCAUAUGUUGUACCAGUUUCUUGUGCUAGCCAUGGAACGCAUUUAUGUCAUGUCAACACAUCCAAGGUCACUCCUGGAUAAGGAGAAUGCGAGGAUUUGGGUGCAGGAAGCUGCGCUGCAGAUUUCUGAUUUAGCCGGCGAGGCGCACGGCGCUGGAAUCGACAGCUUGUUGCCCAUCUCGGCGACAACGGCCAUCACUGCGGCAGCAGGAGUCCAUUUGCAGGUGCUCAAGGGUGACAUUUUAGCAGAUAAACAGAUGGCCCGCGACGGUUUUAGACGAUGCAUGGAGGUGAUCAAGACCUUGGCCGACGGCUACGAGCCAACCAACCACGCAAGGAGCGUUAUGGAAUGGGCUGUCUUAAAACCUAUUGACCACACUGUGCAGCCUCAACCCGGUCGUCAUGAGCUGAAACCGUAUUCACUGCCAGGAGAGGGCAUACUCUGGAGCCUCGAAAGGAUGGAGGAGGAAGACUGCCAGGUCGAGGAGGCUGACAGCGAGUCUAGACAAGGGGUGCUGAGUAUCGGCUCGUCGCCACCAACGAGUUCACUGUCGAAAGCCUCCACAAAGGCAGAUUUCAAAUCCGGGACUGCCUUUGAAGCAGUGUCUAAGAUGCCUCAUGACCUGGUAGACAUCACGUCGCUUCCCCAAGGAUUUGGGUGUUCCUUGGAUGAGUUGAAUACCUUGUUUGAUACUAAGGGAGGGGAGUCGGGUUUUUGA